UCAAUCAGAGAAAAAUUAAUAGCAUAAUAGUUGGAUCAUUUGUUCAUUGUUUCUUGCACGAUUUUUUACUUAUAAAAGAAUGACGAACUAGAUUUACCCACACUCUCAAAGUGCACGUGAAAAUAAGGGUGGAUACAUAUAUUCUUUAUAUUUGUAUCUUUAUUGCCUCACAAAAUUGAGGCAGUUUUAUACGUCUUAAGGAUGGCUACAACACCAAAGUGGAUAUCUUUCGACCUUUUCCAGAAGGUUUUGAAAAGUUAUAUCCACGAAAACGUUCAGCUACUUACGUUUUCAACAGCAAACGCUGUUCCCGAUGGCGACAACUACACCAGCGAUCUUUUUAGAACAACUCUCUUCUAUAUGGACCCAAAAAAAAACACCAAAAAUUCACUUUCUGUUAUCGUAAAAUGUGGCAACGAAGACGGAGGAACUAAAACAGAUCUAGCAAAAAAACUGCAGCUUUUUGAAAAAGAAAUCGAGAUGUUUGCUAAUACAUUCCCGGCUAUCUACAAAAUAUUAGGAGAGAACUACACACUUUCUUCGAAAUGUCUAUACGCUAGCACUGAUCCCCAUUCGGUAAUAAUCUUCGAAGAUUUAACAACUGUAGGAUUUCAAAUGCUACCGAGACACGUUGGUUUUGACUUAGAGCACUGUUUUAAAGUCGUAGAAAAGAUGGCUCAAAUGCACGCCGCUUCCGUCAUCAUGUAUGAGGAGAACCCGUCUUCGGUAAAAUGUUAUCGUGAAGGGUUAUACGCUGAUAAUGAUACCGUCCGGGCCUGGGUAAAGGCUGGGUAUUCUGCGGUUAUUGAUGCUUGCAGCAGAUGGCCCGGUUACGAAAAAUACGCAUACAAAUUAGAAGCUCUAGGUAAUGAAGCCUUGGAACGAGGUUUCGAGGCAAGUAGAAAAAGACCAAGGGGUUUUCAUGUUCUUAAUCACGGGGAUUUAUGGGUGAAUAACAUGAUGUUCUCGUACGAUUCCGCUGACACCAAAGUGAAGGAUAUGAAAUUCGUCGACUUUCAAAUGAACAUCUUUACAAGUCCUGCUAUCGACUUGCAUUAUUUUUUGGCUACCAGUACUAGAAUUGAAGUGAAAGUCAAUUGCAUUGAAAUAAUUCUGGAUUAUUACUACGCACAAUUACUUGCUAAUUUGACGAAAUUGCGCUAUUCUUUGGAAAAAGUGCCUACACGAGAAGAGUUCAAAGGAGAUUAUAGUUCCAGAGCUUUUUACGGGUUCAUGGGAGCUGCGACUGUGCUAGCGUUCGUUAAAGCUUCAGGCAGAAAGGAUGCGUCUUUUGAAAAUAUUAUCAAAGAUGACAGCUUGGAAGGCUUUCGAUACCACGCAUACAAUAACAGUAGAUACAGACAACAUAUGGAGUUUCUUCUGCCAUAUUACGAUAGUUUUGGGAUAUUCGAUUAAAAAUGUUAUGACU